AAUGAGAAUGAGGAUGCCCUUAUGCUCAUUAUUAUUCUGUGUCUCUCUUCUCCUUUGUUGGUAUGUUUCUCAGAGAUAGAUAGAGAUGGUGUUCGCUACGGCAAUAAAUCCAUGCCAACUGUAUAUUCCGGGAAACCGGCCGGUGUUACAGCGAGCCAUUAGUUGCUCUUCGGCAUCGAUGGGGUCGGCCAAGUUUGAUCUGAAGAAUUACUGGGCCACACUGAUUAAAGAGAUCAACCAGAAGCUGGAUGAAGCAAUUCCAACUCAAUACCCGCACCAGAUUUACGAGGCCAUGCGAUACUCUGUUCUUUCCAAAGGCGCCAAGAGGGCCCCACCCAUCAUGUGCGUCUCCGCCUGUGAGCUCUUCGGCGGUAACCGCCUCGCCGCCUUCCCCACCGCCUGCGCUCUAGAAAUGGUUCACGCGGCCUCUUUGAUUCAUGAUGACUUGCCAUGCAUGGACGAUGACCCAUUACGCCGAGGACAACCAGCGAACCACACAAAAUUCGGGGUGGACAUGGCAAUUUUGGCUGGCGAUGCCUUAUUCCCGCUCGGUUUCCGCCAUAUAGUCUCCAACACUCCAACCGAUCUUGUCCCAGAGAAUCAACUUCUCAAGGUGGUAGCGGAGAUUGCCCGUGCUGUGGGGUCUACCGGCAUGGCUGCUGGACAAUUUAUCGACCUCGAGGGCGGGCCCUAUGCCGUGGGAUUCGUUCAAGAAAAGAAGUUCGGUGAGAUGGGUGAGUGUUCGGCCGUCUGCGGGGGUCUACUAGCGGGUGCUUUGGAUGAGGAGAUUGACAUGCUAAGAAGGUACGGGCGGGUUGUAGGCGUGUUGUAUCAAGUUGUUGAUGAUAUAUUGGAAGCAAAGGAGGAGGAGCAGAGUGCUAAGGACACAAAUGAGACUGUCAUUACUAAAAUGAAGAAGUUGAAAAGCUAUGUGGGGGUGUACGGUGUGGAGAAGGCUAUGGAAAUUGCUGAGGAAAUGAGGAUACAAGCUAAUAGAGUGUUGGAUGCUCUCGAUAAGAAGUAUGGGGAUAAGGUCAUCCCACUACGCAGCUUUGUGGAUUAUGCUGCCUAUAGAGGUUUUAACAUUGAUGUUGAUCAAGUUUAACUUGAAAUUAUAACGACAGUUUGAAGUUGUAUGUUUACAUAUCCCUCGCUCUAUAUAUGAAUUCAGAUAUUUGUUUUAAUAUUUUCCCUGCCUAACAACUGCCACCUAGUUUGGUACCAGUUGGAUUUGAAUAUUCUUGGUUUGAGCAGGUCAGUUGCUGAAUCUGAGCUUGAUUACUUCCUUGUGAUCUUUCUUGGCAAGGGUCAAAAGACGGGGUGGGUGUUUACCUAGUGCAGACUUUCGAUUGCCACAACAGGUUGCCUAGUCAGUCACACAGCCAAAAAAAGAAAAAACUAGAUCCCAUCUAUGUACCGCUGCCGCCUACUUCUUGGCUGUAAGUCUGUUUGAAAAGUUAACUAUUAGGCCACCACAGGACAAGGAUAUUUGGAGGUCCUUUUCUGGUGGAGUGGUGAUGUUCUCCCAAUCUGCUCCAUACCAAUGCCGUCAUUCCUUUUCUAUUUCUUUACCAAACUAGUUUUUCCAAAUCUGUUUGUUGACUGUCAAUAUAUAUUUUUGAACUACCCACUGCAAUGAACAGAGAUCGUCAGAUUGGUUAUAGCGAUACAUGUUGCCAAAAACAUCCUCAUGUUCAAGCAAGUUUUAGUGUCUUGCGGUUUAGAUAUAAUAUGUUAUGGAUUCAAUACUAUGUAUUGUAAUGUACUAGUGUAUGUAUCUUGGGCUUAUUGGGCGUCACAUGUAAAUUCUAAGGGAAAAUUCCUCGAAAUAAGAGUAUAAACAUUUUGAAAUUACAAAAUAAUACUUUCAUGUUUUUUAUUUUCUAA